GGGGCCUCAGUUCCUCCCACGAGGAAGAGCCUGGUGCUUCCUGCUGCUGGCCCAUUACUGUGCCGCUUGGCUCUCUGAUCCCUCCCUCGCCAACCCGGGGAGGAACUUGCAGCCGCAUCUCGGCGCCUCGGGAGGACCAGUCACCCGCGCUCUGCAGCAGCAUGAGCGCCCGCCUCCCUCUCCUGCUACGGCAGCUCGGCCGCCAGCAGCUAUCCCCGGGCCCGGCGUGUCGCCUCCGUGAGCUGUGUCGCUCCGGCAGCAGAAGCAGCAGCAGCAGCAGCAGCGGAGGUGGUGACCCCGAGGGGUUGCGCGGGCGGCGGCUGCAGGAUGGCCAAGCCUUCAGCAACAAUCCGGAAGCUCCCGGGAUGGACUCCAUCGUUAGAGACGUCAUCCACAAUUCCAGGGAAGUUCUGAGCUUGCUGCAAGAGAAAAACCCCGCCUUCAAGCCAGUUCUCGCUGUUAUUCAGGCAGGUGAUGACAACCUGAUGCAGGAUAUGAACCAGAAUUUGGCCAAGGAGGCUGGUCUGGACAUCACGCAUAUCUGCUUGCCUUCAGACAGCGGAGAGGAUGAGAUCAUAGAUGAAAUCCUGAAGAUUAAUGAAGACCCCAGAGUGCAUGGCCUUGCCCUCCAGAUCUCCGAAGAUUCACUGAGCAACAAAGUUCUCAAUGCUUUGAAACCGGACAAAGAUGUGGACGGGGUGACCGAUGUGAAUCUGGGGAAGCUGGUUCGAGGCGACGCACCAGAGUGUUUUGUUUCACCCUUGGCCAGAGCUGCGGUAGAACUUGUUGAGAAAUCAGGGAUCACCUUGGAUGGAAAGAAGGUCUUGGUGGUAGGGGCUCACGGGCCCCUGGAAGCUGCCCUGCAAUGUCUUUUCCAGAGAAAAGGAUCCAUGACCAUGAGCUCUCCCUGGGCCACACCUCAGCUUCAAGAUAAGCUUCAAGAGGCAGACAUCGUGGUCUUAGGCUCACCUAAGCCAGAAGAGGUUCCUGCAGCUUGGAUCCCGUCAGGAGCCGUCGUUCUGAAUUGCUUCUAUGAGUUCUUGUCAGGGAAGCUGAAAGGAGGUUCUCCUGGAGUCCCCGUGAACGGACUCAUUACAGAGGAGAGCGUGAGUCUCCUGGCUGCAGCUCUGCGGAUUCAGAAUAUGGUGAGCAGCGGCCGGAGGUGGCUCAGAGAACAGCAGCAUCGAAGAUGGCGACUGCAUUGCUUGAAACUGCAGCCGCUCUCGCCUGUGCCCAGUGAUAUUGAGAUUUCACGAGGACAGACUCCAAAAGCUGUGGACGUCCUUGCCAAGGAGAUAGGAUUGCUUGCAGAUGAAAUUGAAAUCUACGGCAAGAGCAAAGCCAAAGUCCGGUUGUCCCUGCUCGAGAGGUUAAAGGAUCAAACAGAUGGAAAAUACGUCUUGGUUGCUGGGAUCACACCCACCCCACUCGGAGAAGGGAAGAGUACAGUCACCAUCGGACUAGUACAGGCGCUGACGGCUCACCUGAAAGUCAACUCCUUCGCCUGUCUGAGGCAGCCUUCCCAGGGACCCACCUUUGGAGUGAAAGGAGGAGCUGCAGGUGGUGGAUAUGCCCAGGUCAUCCCCAUGGAAGAGUUCAACCUUCACCUGACGGGGGACAUCCACGCCAUCACUGCCGCUAAUAACUUGCUGGCCGCAGCCAUCGACACGAGAAUUUUACAUGAGAGCACUCAAACAGACAAGGCUCUGUACAAUCGACUGGUUCCCUUAGUGAAUGGUGUCCGAGAAUUUUCAGAAAUUCAGCUUUCUCGGCUGAAGAAACUGGGCAUACCUAAGACCGACCCAAGCACGCUGACAGAGGAGGAGGUGAGGAAGUUCGUCCGCCUCAACAUUGACCCUUCCACCAUCACGUGGCAGAGAGUACUGGACACGAAUGACCGAUUUCUGAGAAAAAUAACCAUUGGACAGGGAAGCACCGAGAAAGGACAUUCCAGGCAGGCACAGUUUGACAUUGCAGUGGCCAGCGAGAUCAUGGCUGUGCUGGCCUUGACCGACAGCCUCGCCGACAUGAAAGACCGGCUCGGAAGAAUGGUGGUGGCCAGUGACAGAGAUGGGCAGCCCGUGACAGCUGAGGACUUGGGGGUGACAGGUGCUCUGACUGUUUUGAUGAAAGACGCCAUCAAGCCAAAUCUGAUGCAGACCUUGGAAGGAACGCCUGUGUUUGUGCACGCCGGUCCCUUUGCCAAUAUCGCUCACGGCAACUCGUCAGUAUUAGCUGAUAAAAUUGCACUGAAAUUGGUCGGCGAAGAAGGGUUUGUAGUGACUGAGGCCGGCUUUGGGGCUGAUAUUGGGAUGGAGAAGUUCUUCAACAUCAAAUGCCGAGCUUCUGGCCUGGUACCCAAUGCUGUUGUGUUGGUAGCCACCGUUCGAGCUCUGAAGAUGCAUGGAGGUGGGCCCAGUGUAACUGCUGGGGUUCCUCUCAAGAAAGAAUAUACAGAGGAGAACAUUCAGCUGGUGGCUGAUGGCUGCUGCAACCUACAGAAGCAGAUUCAGAUUGCCCAGCUCUUCGGGGUGCCCGUGGUGGUGGCGCUGAACGUCUUCAAGACGGACACCCGUGCAGAGAUUGACUUGGUGUGUGAGCUGGCUAAACGGGCCGGCGCCUUUGAUGCGGUCCCCUGCUAUCACUGGUCGGCUGGAGGGAAAGGGUCUGUGGACUUGGCUCGGGCCGUGAGAGAAGCCGCGAAUAAAAGAAGCCGCUUCCAGUUCCUGUAUGACGUUCAGCUUCCCAUUGUGGAAAAGAUAAGAGUCAUUGCCCAGACCGUCUAUGGAGCCAAGGAUAUCGAGCUGUCUCCCGAGGCGCAGUCCAAAAUCGAUCGCUAUACGCAACAGGGUUUUGGAAAUUUGCCCAUCUGCAUGGCGAAGACCCACCUCUCUCUCUCUCAUGAACCUGACAAAAAGGGGGUGCCAAGGGAUUUCAUCCUGCCAAUCAGUGACGUCCGGGCCAGCAUCGGGGCUGGGUUCAUUUAUCCUUUGGUGGGAACAAUGAGCACGAUGCCAGGACUGCCCACUCGACCCUGCUUCUAUGACAUAGACCUUGACACAGAAACAGAGCAAGUUAAAGGCUUGUUCUAAUGGAAUGGAACUCGCGGGUCUGGGACAGAAUCUUCAAACAAAAAGAAAGAAGAAGAAAAACCAUCUCCUUGCCUUUUUGCUGCAGUUGGAGAAGAAAAUGAAUUUUGAAAUCUGCUUGUUAUGCAAUGCUGGAGAAAUCCUGAGACAGGCCAAAGACCGCUUCCUAGGCAAGAUGGAUUCUGUUUCCAGCCAAGCGGUGUUCAACAGGAGGGCCUGCGUCACAUCUGGAAGGGGCGAAGUUACUCUCGGUUCCGAUAGCGUUUACACCAUUUCUGCUGCUUGUACUUUGCAAAGUUUAUUUUAUGGGGACCAGGGGUUUGCAGGAGUGUGAACUAAAAGCUAAUGCUUCUGUCUAUGGAGUUGCCUCUUUCGUCUUUUUAAUUCUCCCUUCUCUCACCUGUGUUGAGGAUGGGACACCAGGUCUCACAGUCCUAAGCUUUGCUGCCAAACCGCACCCUUUGUUUUUGUCUUUCAACUGAAAAUAAACAUGUUUCUAGAAAACACCCCACCCCACCCCCAGCAGUGUUCGGCUAGUAAGACCACUCGCCGGAUGCCGCUGUCCCUGUGAAGCGUUGGGGUUGCCACCUGGCACAUUUGUGGAGGAGAUUGCAAGUGCAUUCAGAGCUUUAUGAAUGACGAGAAAACAAUUAUGUUGAGAGAAAUGUCUAGGCAGCCGAGACUGUGGAAGCCUGGCUGGUCUCUUGGAUUAAGAUGCACUGUCUAUCCAAAAUGACUUUCCGGUCUCAGUGAAGUCGCUUUACCCAACACGAGCUUGUGAGUUUCUUCCACCAUGAAUGAAUUUCAAAGGCCAUUCAACUUUCUGGCCCCACGGGGGUGGGGUGGGUAGGAGAGUGCCUCUCAAAGGUCAGGUGUUUGGCAAAUAUUUUCCCUUUGGCCCAAGCGAAUGCAAACUAGAGAACGUUCUAUGACCCAUUCCCUACUUUUUGACCCUUCCUUGUCCCCACCCCCACACCCCAUCCCCAUUUUCCCCUUGCAAUAAUAUAAAGUUAUGUAAAACUUAAAACAAAACCAAGGAUUUAGAAGCAAACAAUAAGUGAUUGUCCUCUAAGCAGUAUAAGUAAAAUUGUCACCAUAAAUAUCCUAAAUAUCCCGGGGCACAUCCUUCACAGGGUCCUUCCUGUCUGCCCUUAUGAUACCCAGCUGAGCAGUGACCCUGCUCAGCUCAUAAUGUGCCUUUAUGUCCAGUUUUGCUUGUUCCAAAACACUGUUUGAAAACCAAAAGGCCCACUCAGUCAGUGCCUUUCCCGAGUGUAAUUUUGCUUAGCGAUUCUAAGGUGUCCUUCCUUGUCUCUGCCCUUUCUUGGGGAGUCCACCUCUCCAGAUUCACACCUACCUUGUCUUCUCUUUUUGUUUGUUUGUUUUCUGAUAUUUUGGAUUUGUUUUUUUUUUUUCCCCCGAGACAGGGUUUCUCUGUAUAGCCCUGGCUGUCCUGGAACUCACUCUGUAGACCAGGCUGGCCUCGAACUCAGAAAUUCACCUGCCUCUGCCUCCCAGAGUGCUGGGAUUACAGGCGUGCACCACCACCGCCCAGUUUACCUUGUCUUCUCAAUGGUUAUACCCAUGUGAUAAAUUCUCUGCAGAAUGUAUCCAGGAAACAUCAGCUUAUGGUGAGCUCAUGUUUAAGGAGUCCCAGUCACAGGCUCCUCCCCCACCCCCUCCAAUAUGGCCGGGAACUUGCUGUCAUGCCUUCUGUGCUAUGCGGACUGUGUUCCCUUCGACUGUAAGCCCAAAUAAAUUCUUUCUUUUCCUUA